AUUAGUGAUGUUCUAAGAUCAAGUCUUCUGAUUCAGAUAGAUAAUAAACUGUAUUUUUAUAGCACUGAAAAAAAAAACGAUGCCUGAGUUUUUCUUGUCCACAGGUGGAGUCGUUGCCAAUAUGGAGGGACAAAAGCAGCCAAAAAGUACAAGUUAAUACAUCUGUUUUUUCGAAAAUUGUUUCUACAUUGUUGUUGUAAAUUAACUCAGAUUCAGUACAUUUAGCUAUAUUUUUACUAGAAUAAUCUUUGCUAUUCCACUGGUUUGGUGGGAGGGGAAGAAAGACUUACAUUAACGUAUUUGCAAACAUUAUCUCAGGCCAAAACAUAUUACUAAAUGUGAAAAUCAAUAACACAAAAUACUUUAAACCAAUACUUUUACUGAUUCCAACUAUUUUUGAUAUUUCAGCUGGGGAAUGUACAGAUUACGACAUUCUGAAACACCUUAACCUGAGCAAAGAUAAUGCUAUGUACAGCAUGGGCCUGCCUAUCCAAAAACGAAAACGCCCUCUUGAGGUGAAUCUCACAUUAGAUCCCUGGGCCAUUCUGGAUGUUAAAGAGGUUGACCAGACUUUUGUGACUCAUCUUGGCAUUAAAAUGGAAUGGACCAACCACUACAUUAAGUGGUCUCCAAAUGACUUUUGUGGAAUCGACAAAAUCAUAGUUCCAAGUGAACUUUUGUGGAAGCCAUACAUUAUAAUUAAGGAUAUGGCAGAAAAGGAAAAGUCUCUUUCAAGUCCCAAUCUCAAGAUUAAUUCCAAUGGCAAGACAGAGUUUAGCAGCAAUCAAGUGGUGACGACCAACUGCAGGAUGCAAGUGAACAAAUUUCCUUUUGAUACGCAAAUCUGCAACAUCACAUUCGUCUCAAACAUAUAUGAUUCAAAAGAUUUAUACCUGAAAAGCCGCUUUGGCCAUGAAACAUACACAAACAGGAUCCGGAAAAUAAUAACGCAAUACGAGUGGUUGUUCUGCAACAUGACAGUCCAUACCUGGAAUUCAACUGGACAUUUAUAUUUUCGUAUCAUUGUGAAAAGGCGUUCUGUAAUCUAUAUUGUCAACUUCUUGUUCCCUAUUCUCUACCUCUUGUGUCUGGACUUGGUGUCAUUCCUCAUGUCAGACACAGGCGGUGAAAAAGUUGGCUUUAAAAUCACUGUGCUGCUGGCCGUCACAGUCAUGCAGCUUAUUCUCAACGAUAUUUUGCCCUCUUCUUCCGACAGCAUUCCACUUAUAAUGAAGUACUGUUUUGGGAUAUUUACGAUGAUGAUGCUCAGCCUCAUAGAGACCAUUUUUGUGAAGUAUCUGAUUGAGAAGGAUUCUGCAUCAGAAGACGACGAAACAGCCCAAGACCCAAGUCUGGAGGCAAUGAAGAAAUACGGUGCAUCUUUGAUUGACAAAUCAGGUUUUAAAAGGGGAUCUGCAGCCAAAGAGGUUAGAAGUCUUUAUUUAAAGUCCUAGUUUACAGCUAGGAGUAUAAUCAGUUUCAACUUAUUACAGUACCUUGUAAAAGUGUUCAUAACCCUUGAUCUUUUUUUAAACAUUUUGACAUGUUGCAAUCACAAAUGCCAGCGUCAUUUACUGGGAUUUUAUGUGACUAACUGAAAAGAAAAAGUAAAGAAUGUUUGUGAUGCAAAACAGCUGCAAGUCUGUUUUGGUUUGAACUCUUACGGCUCAUGUAAUGAUGGACAUUUUUUGACUAUUCAUCUGGGCAAAAUCACUUAAGCUCAGAAAAUUAUAUGAAAAAUGUGUCGAUAUAUCACUUUGAUGUUUUCCCACAUAUUCGGCACUAAAAUUAGAUCUGAAUCUUUUUAACACAUGAAAAAGCUUUGAUCUAAUCAUUCAGUAAAUAACACAUAAAUGAAGUCUAUUUUCUAAUUUGAUCGAUUUGGUUAAGUCGGGUCCAAUCAAAACAUUUCUGAAUAACCUCUACUACUUCUGCAGGAUAGCAUCCGGCACACGGAGGGCCCACUGACACUGGAGAUGUUUUCAGAUGAACUGAGGGAGAUGAAGAAAAUGAUUACUCUUCUCAACACCGAUAAGCAGGAAGAAAAGAGAGGCUACUGGACCAAACUGGCUGAUAGAAUCAACAAGAUUUUUGCAAUAUGCUAUGUCAUAUCCAUCACUGCAUUUUUAGCCAUAAUAUUUUCAAUGUGGGCAGCAGCUGAAAAUGUAACUUGCUUAAAUGAAACACUUCCAUAUUAGAUAAACAUGUAGAGAUUGCUUUGCUUCUUUAUUAACAAAUGACACACGUUUCACAAACUGAAGGUUUGUGAAAUGUUUGAACAUAUAAAAACAGGUUCAAACAGUGCGACUUAUUAAACAACAAUUAGAUUGUCUAUAUUUAGCAUGUCAAGCCAUUGCAGUUAUUAAAUGUUGAUGGAUGUAACAUAAAAAUGAAAGUCAUACAGUGUGAUAAGACACAUAGAACCAUAUGUGUGUGAUGGGAAAAUGAGGGUGGAGUAAAGAUGAAUCAUAUUAGGUUAAUACCAACAGCAAUUAAUGUGCGCUACACUGUACUAUUAAAACAAUUAGC